AAGGUCUUGGUGACGGCCCCAGGAGGGGGCGGGGUUAAGGAGACGGCCAGCAGCUGACACGGGGCUGGGAGCAAAGCGACGGGAAGUGCUUGAGCCGGAUCGGCCCAGCUGGUGGGCGAGGGAGAGCGGGUGGACUGCAAGGUGUCCAGAGGCAGCUGCCGAGAUGGCGCAGUGGAACCAACUGCAGCAGCUGGACACGCGGUAUUUGGAGCAGCUCCACCAGCUGUACAGCGACAGCUUCCCCAUGGAACUGCGGCAAUUCCUCGCCCCUUGGAUAGAGAGUCAGGACUGGGCUUACGCCGCCAGUAAGGAGUCCCAUGCCACGUUGGUGUUCCACAACCUCCUGGGUGAAAUCGACCAGCAGUACAGCCGCUUCCUGCAGGAAUCCAACGUCCUCUACCAGCACAACCUACGGCGGAUUAAGCAGUUCUUACAGAGCAGGUACCUGGAGAAGCCGAUGGAGAUUGCUCGCAUCGUUGCGCGCUGCCUCUGGGAGGAGACGCGGUUGCUUCAGACAGCAGCCACAGCCGCACAGCAAGGGGGACAGGCAAACCAUCCUACAGCCGCCGUGGUAACAGAGAAGCAGCAGAUGCUGGAACAGCACUUGCAGGAUGUGAGAAAGAGGGUCCAGGAUCUGGAGCAAAAGAUGAAAGUGGUGGAAAACCUUCAGGAUGACUUUGACUUCAACUACAAGACCCUGAAGAGCCAAGGCGACAUGCAAGACCUGAAUGGCAACAACCAGUCAGUGACGCGGCAGAAGAUGCAGCAGCUGGAGCAGAUGUUGACAGCUCUGGAUCAGAUGCGGCGGGGGAUUGUGAGUGAGCUGGCUGGCCUCUUGUCAGCCAUGGAAUACGUGCAGAAGACCUUGGUGGACGAGGAGCUGGCUGACUGGAAGAGGCGGCAGCAGAUCGCCUGUAUCGGUGGCCCGCCCAACAUCUGCCUCGAUCGCCUCGAGAACUGGAUAACAUCCCUGGCAGAGUCGCAGCUGCAAACGCGUCAGCAGAUCAAGAAGCUGGAGGAGCUCCAGCAGAAGGUCUCCUACAAGGGCGACCCCAUCGUUCAGCACCGGCCCUUGCUGGAGGAGCGCAUCGUGGAGCUGUUCAGGAACCUCAUGAAGAGUGCGUUUGUGGUGGAGAGGCAGCCCUGUAUGCCGAUGCACCCCGAUCGCCCGCUAGUGAUCAAAACGGGAGUCCAGUUCACAACGAAAGUGCGGUUAUUAGUCAAGUUCCCUGAGCUGAACUACCAGCUGAAAAUCAAAGUCUGCAUUGACAAGGAUUCUGGGGAAGUAGCUGCACUCCGUGGGUCUCGGAAAUUUAACAUUCUGGGCACAAACACCAAGGUGAUGAACAUGGAGGAGUCUAACAACGGAAGCCUCUCUGCAGAAUUCAAGCAUCUGACGCUGCGGGAGCAGAGAUGCGGUAAUGGAGGAAGAGCAAACUGCGAUGCUUCUCUCAUCGUCACGGAGGAGCUCCAUCUCAUCACCUUCGAGACAGAAGUCUACCACCAGGGCCUGAAGAUUGACUUAGAGACCCACUCGCUUCCUGUAGUGGUGAUCUCCAACAUUUGCCAGAUGCCGAAUGCCUGGGCGUCCAUCUUAUGGUACAAUAUGCUGACAAACAACCCCAAGAACGUGAACUUCUUCACCAAGCCGCCGAUCGGCACGUGGGACCAGGUGGCCGAAGUUCUCAGCUGGCAGUUCUCCUCCACCACCAAGCGGGGCCUCAGCAUAGAGCAGCUGUCAACACUCGCUGAGAAACUGCUUGGACCGGGUGUCAAUUACUCUGGAUGUCAGAUAACAUGGGCGAAAUUCUGCAAGGAGAACAUGGCAGGCAAAGGCUUCUCUUUCUGGGUCUGGCUGGAUAACAUCAUUGACCUGGUGAAGAAGUACAUCUUGGCCCUCUGGAAUGAAGGGUACAUCAUGGGUUUCAUCAGCAAAGAGCGCGAGAGGGCCAUCUUGAGCACAAAGCCCCCCGGCACCUUCCUGCUCCGUUUCAGUGAAAGCAGCAAGGAAGGUGGAAUCACCUUCACGUGGGUGGAAAAGGACAUCAGUGGGAAGACACAGAUCCAGUCGGUGGAGCCGUACACCAAGCAGCAGCUCAACAGCAUGUCCUUUGCCGAGAUCAUCAUGGGCUACAAGAUCAUGGAUGCCACCAACAUCCUGGUUUCCCCCCUCGUUUACUUGUAUCCCGAUAUCCCCAAAGAAGAGGCCUUUGGAAAAUACUGCCGUCCUGAGAGCCAGGAACACCCCGAAGCUACUGACCCAGGUAGCACUGCUCCCUAUCUAAAGACCAAGUUCAUCUGCGUGACCCCGACCACUUGCAGUAGCACCAUUGAGCUGCCCAUGUCUCCCCGCACGCUCGAGUCUCUGAUCCAUUUCGGCAAUAACGGCGAAGCAGCAGAAGGGAAUGCCAGCGGCCAGUUUGAAUCCUUGCAGUUUGACAUGGAGUUGACCCCUGAGUGCGCCUCCUCGCCCAUGUGACCAGCCCCACCCAGUCAGCUGAUGGUUUCCGGCUUCCUGGCUUAGAAUGGCUCCUCUUCCUGCGCAGUCACGGAGCCCGACCUAACAGCCACCAACUAGGCAAGAGACCCGUGACCGUGGCUUCUCCUUUGGCCGCCUCAAGCAUACCGUGGCUGGCAGCUCCUUGCCUGACUAGAGGGGAGAGUCCUAUUUUUAGUUUUGGUUUUGUUUGUUUUUUUUGAAAAAAAAAAUAUUUUUUUUCCAGAUGUAUAAAGCUAUUUGUUUCAGGAGUCUCUUUUGUGUACGUGUUUUGGUAGACCAAGUGCCUCUUUGCAACCGCUCUUCAGUUGUAUUUCUUGGCUUCCUGUAUGCAUUCGCUGCAUGCUACAAAAACACUGCUUCUCCGGCUCUGGCUAACAUCCAAGCGUGCGCAGUCACAAAGAGGCUGAGUCUUCUCGAUGUGCAAGUAGGAAUCCCCACCCCAAAAAAACAAGCUGUGCAUCAACACAGGGAAGGCAGAUUUUACAGUCAAGGCAUUCUUUAAAAUCCCCUAGCAGAUAUCUAUUUUAAGUUUGCCCCACCUUCUGCUUUGUUAAGUGGUGCAAAAAACUAACAUUUUUUUUAAAAAAAAACCAGGAUAACAGCCCUGUGAAGUAGGCCCUUGUUGCCAGGCAAUGCCGGCAGCCUGAUUCCCUUGCACUUUGACGCUGGUGCCUGCAGCUCCACUCCCUGAGUGUUGUGCUCUUAAUGAUGAGGAAAGGGGAUCAAGAGAAUCUUCUCUGUGCAGUAUAACCAUGUCAGAGGUGGGAUUUGAAUCUGGGGCCAUCCAGAACAGAGUCACUUUCUUUCUCCACAGUUCUCUCAUGUUGUACAGCUGGGGUGGCUUCAUGGGUGCAGGACAUUCUUGCUUUCAGCUCUCUUAAGGCCUCAGCCCCAAUAAGGAAGGAUUCUCUGAAUUAAUGGCUUAACCGUUUGCGUCUCGUUGCCAGCAUUUAGCUCCCAGUAUCCCAGCUGUGCCCCCAUCUAGAUGGCCCAGGCUGGUCAGAUCUUGGAAGCAAAGCAAGGGUUAAUCCUGGUUGGUACUUGGAUGGGAGACCACCAAAGGCGUCCAGGGUUGCUACGCAGAGACGGGCAAUGGCAAACCAGCUCUGAAGGUCUCUUGCCUUGAGAACCACUUGAGGAGUUGCCCUAAGAAAGCUGUGGGCUUGACAGAACUUUCCCCCACCAUUCCUCCUGUGUGUCAGAAAUAAAUCUUUGAAAUAUGGACAUACGAAGCUUCCUUAUACUGAAUCAGACCCUCGGUCCAUCAGAAUCAGUAUUGUCUACUCAGACCGGCAGCAGUUUUCCAAGGUCUCCAGCUGAGGUUUUUCGCGCCUACUUGCCUGGACUCUUUUUAGUUGGAGGUGCCGGGGAUUGAACCUGGGACCUUCUGCUUACAGAGCAGAUGCUCUACCAUUGAGCCACUGUCCCUGAAAUGGUGGGUUUUAAAAAAGCCCCGAGAGCCAGUUUCAUUCCCUUACCUCUCCAAGCUUCAUUGCAUGGACUUGGCCAUUGUUUUUUUCCUUGCAAGAUCCUUAUAUUCUGAUCUGUAGGCAAAGGCACUCUGCGUAAGUUUCAUCAGCGGUGGCCUCUCCGUGCCUCUUGCUGUGGCUUUAGUGGCUUCCCCCGGCAGUCCCUGUUGCCCUCUGCUUGGUUGGGAUGCUGACACUCCAGUGCAGGACAACAAAGUUCCAGCGAUGCCUAAGCGGCUGGUUGCAAAUUUCAGCUGCGGGAGCAAGAGAAAGGAGUGGGACGAGUUCUCCAGUAUUAGUUUAGAGGAGACGGCUGGACAGGAGGUAGAAGAGGUCGUAGCCAAAGCUUUUUAGGUUAACCUGUUCCCUACUGGAAUGUUUGCCCAUUAGGAACAGAAUGGUCUCUCUCUUUUUGUUUGUUUUUGUAAUGCCAAACUAGAAGCAUUCGGACCAGAGCAAAGCUGCCUUGGUUCCUUCUAACCAAAUAGCUUGUUCAUGCCACUCUGCGCCUUAUUAUCAAGCUGAUCCUCUCCCCUUUCUCCCCCUACCUGUAUGCUGUCUCUAGACCAUCAAGGUUUUAACCUUUUUUUUUGUAUAUUUUAUUGCUGUAUCUACAAGCUUUCAACUUUCUCUAAAAUAAAUGUUCCAAUGCCA